AUGGACCAGGAGAAGUUCUACAGGGAAGAUCAUACAUUCUACAAGGUUACAGUUGGCGAUUUCAAUGCUAAAAUUGGCUCCAGAAAAAUGUGUGAGGAUCUUCACAUCGGAACUCACGACCAUCAAUGGAUUGAACAGGGGGAGAAGCUUUCCGAGUUUGUCAUGGCGACUAAGACCAUCCAUGGGAAUUUGCAAUUCAGAAGCCCUCCUCUGUACGCUGGACCGGUGACGGUGGGAGUUACCCGAUGGAGUGUACCAAAUUGA